AUGUCCACCGAUGAUAAGAUGUACAUCUCGUACAACAACGUCCACCAAUUGUGUCAGGAAACGGCUGACAAAAUCAAGGCGUUCAACCCGGACCUCAUUAUUGCCAUUGGUGGCGGUGGGUUCAUCCCGGCCCGUAUGUUGCGUUCCUUCUUGAAAGAAGAAGGUAAGCCAACCACCAGAAUCUACGCCAUCAUCUUGUCGUUGUACGAAGAUCUCAACAGUGUCGGUACCCAGACCGAAACUGUCGGUGUUGAUGUUGUCAGAACCCAGUGGAUUGACUACGCCCAGGCCGGUCUUGAUUUGGUUAAUAAGAGGGUUUUGAUUGUUGAUGAAGUCGAUGACACCAGAACCACUUUGCACUACGCCGUCUCCGAGUUGAAGAAAGAUGUUGUCGAGCAAGCCAAGAAACAAAGCGCUGACCCAAGCAACACCGAGUUCGGUAUCUUUGUUUUGCACGACAAGAUCAAGACCAAGAAGGCAGGCUUGCCGAAGGACAUCAUGGACAGCCGUUACUUUGCCGCCAGAACCGUCGAAGACUGUUGGAUUGCCUACCCUUGGGAAUCCGUUGACAUUGUCCACCAUACCGCUAGAGCUAUGGAACAAGGCAAUGACGUCUUCUUGCCAUAA